AUGGCGUCGCGCAAUACCUUCCAAGGUACGCCGCCGUUCCCAGACGACAUACCCACGGCGUCAAUGAGUACCAUCUCCCUGGCAACCCUGCGUUCGGGAGGUGAAGAAGCCGCGAAAAGCCUCCUUGCAGCUUGUCGAGAGCUGGGUUUCUUCCAGCUGGAUCUGGACGGGGACGUUCUAGGGUUGGAAAUGAUGAAAGAUAUUGACCAGCUCUUCGUGGUUGGAAAAGUGAUCAUGAAUCUUCCUUCGGCGGUGAAAACACAGUACCUUCACGACGCCCCAAGAAGUUUUCUCGGGUUCAAACCACGCGGCGGUGCCAAAACUGAGACGGAUGAGCCAGACCGCUUUGAAUGGCUCAACCUUGGGCAGGACAGCUUGAUGGGAGCCUCUGCCCAGCAGCCUGUCCCACCGCUGGUACAGUCUCACCUAGCGCUCUUUACCUCAUUCCUCAAGCACGGUCAAAGCAUCGUCGCCACGAUCAGCUCCACGAUCGCGACACAGCUCGGCCUGCCGCCCGACACUUUUGCAUCCUUGCAGGACCCUUCCAAGCCCUCUGGCACCGUGAUACGCCUCAUCAAAGCAUUUGCUAGCCCGGACCCGACGGAUCUCCGAACCAGCAUGAUACAUCACACGGACUUCGGGACGAUUACCCUUCUUGCAAACGUGCUCGGUGGCCUGCAGAUUCUGGCUCCGGGAAAGUCACCGGGCGAUGAUUCGGGCUGGCUGUGGGUGCGGCCGCGCCCGGGCUUUCUGGUAGUGAAUCUAGGUGAUGCCAUGGUCCAGUGGACGGGUGGGCUGCUGCGGAGCAACGUUCACCGCAUCAGAUAUGCACCUGGUGCGCAGCGUUUCCAUGACCGGUUCAGUCUAGCCCUCCUGGUGAGGCCAGAGAGAAAUGCGAGCAUGAGGAGACUGAUAGGCGAGGAGCAGGAGGACGAGGAGGAAAAGGCAUUAACGGCUUGGGAGUGGGAAGUCAAGAAAACCAUGUCUUACACGAGGGGUGAGGCUGUCGCAGAGAGUAAGGGAGGGAAGCAGUGGGUUCAGAAAGCAUGA